UGUUGUUUGCUCUUCGUAUUAACACCUCCUCGCAGCGACGACACGUCUCACGCUGAGAGCUAACCAGGCAACCAUUUUAAGUGCAAGAAACAUUCGUUCACCGGUGUAUCCUUGUCAGAUCCUUCUUACCGACUGGCCGUCGUUAAGCGCUGCGCGAAGAUCAUUUUGGCGCGGUAGGCAACGUCGCUUCUUCUUUGCCCCACUGCCACGGUGCUACACCUCUUCCGUGAGAAAAAACAUUUGCAGAAAACAAGGAGAUACUACAGUGCAUCUUUCAAGUGCGAUUUUACAGUAACGUGAUUUUUUUCGGAGUUAUUUACUACAGCUGCUGCCGCUGUACUUACCGACGCUUUGCCGUUAACAGAAUCCAAUUUGUUGCCUAUUUUACAAACAAGCUUCGAUUCGGGCAAACUUGGAGCAAUAACAAAAUGGCGCCAAAGCGGACCGACUCCUGGUAUCGUUGAAAAGUCUAGGUAAAACAAUCUAAGUUUCAUUCUCUAGUCUCAGUCUGUUGCUUGCAGUGGUAACGACAACUAACAACAGUAUUCAUUGACAUACCUCUAGGUUUCAGUGACGAUUAAUUACUGAUCUGGUUGUGUACAGGACCCUUCUAUACUCAACGGUCUGGUGCUCCAGCUUUGGCGAUCAGUGGCGGCCAUUUGUAAUCCGUUAUCAGUCGUUUCUAUUCUCAGACAGCCGGUAACCACCCUGUGGUUACCGUUGUUUGGAUAAAACGAUUUCAGACUGAAUUUCUAUGCGUAAAGAUAACGAUAAUGAACCGGAAUAUAGAAUUACACGUUCUCAGAUUUAUUUCGAUCACUCGAAAGUAAGUUCACUAAUUUGGUUUAGUAUCCGUUUAACAGUACUGUUAUAUUGUUAAGAUUCUGGCGUCUUCCUAGCGAGCUGUAGAUGCGUACUAUGUAACUACGUAAUACAGAGUUUCUCUUAGUGAAAAAGUUAUCUUAUAUUACCGAUCUGAUACGUUCAACUCAGCUAUCGCGUACGGCCAGUGGCUUCUCUGUAAACAUGUCACGGCCGACCGAUUGUCGUUGUUAUUUCUACCUCUACAAGCCAAUGAGGAGUCGAGUCAAUUGCAAACGAGUGAACGAUGUCAUGUCAUGGUUUUAUUUGUUUGUGCUGAAUAUGAGCAUCAAGGAUCAGUCCGCGGGGUACGAACGUGUCCAGCCAAGGGCUCUUCGCUUCUUCCGCAGCCUUCCAUAAUCACUUUCUCUCUAAUAACAAAAAAACAGACUGGUUGUGAGAAAGACGAGUGUUAUCACCGAAGAGGUAGAAUCAAACAAGUAAUUCAAAGUAAGCGUUUUACCCAGUAGAGCAAUGUAUCCGUUCUUUUUUAGUUAGCGAUCAAUGCCGUGGUGCACUGAUGGUAGAUGCUUAGCAAGUUAACCGUACUUCGACGUGUUGUCCACACUGCAGCCAGGAUGACGGGCGAAAUCGCUAUUUUGUCUGUGUCUGAUAAGACCGGCCUGUUGGACCUUGCUCGGGCAUUGGCCCAGUCAGGUUAUAAGCUCGCAGGAUCCGGGGGAACUGCCAAGGCCAUCCGAGAUGCCGGUAUGGAAAUCAGGGACAUCUCGCAGAUCACUGGUCAUCCAGAAAUACUCGGAGGACGGGUGAAAACACUUCAUCCAGCCGUUCACGGAGGGAUUCUUUCGAGAAAAAUCGAAUCAGAUAUUGCUGACAUGCGGCAUCAGAAUUAUGAGUUCGUCUCUGUUGUUGUGUGUAAUUUGUAUCCAUUCGUUGAAGCAAUCUCAAAGCCGGACGUCACCAUUGCCAAAGCCGUUGAAGAGGUGGAUAUUGGCGGGGUGACCCUGCUCCGUGCGGCCGCGAAGAACCAUGAGCGGGUAACUAUUGUUUGCGAUCCAGCGGAUUAUACGGCCGUUGCUAAUGAAAUCUCGCGAUCACCAUCAAAAGCGACCUCUCUGGAAACGCGUAAGCGGCUUGCUGUUAAGGCCUUCCUCCACACCGCACAAUACGACGCCAACAUUUCGGACUACUUCCGCAAAGAAUACAUGGCCGGAGUUCAACACCUGCCGUUGCGUUAUGGCAUGAACCCUCACCAGAAGCCCGCGCAGCUAGCCACGUCGGCAAACGAACUGCCCCUCGUAGUGGUCAACGGAGCACCUGGUUUUAUCAAUCUUUGCGAUGCCCUGAACGGAUGGCAACUCGUUCGUGAGUUGAAAGCGGCACUCGGCAUGCCUGCGGCUACAUCAUUUAAGCAUGUUAGUCCUGCCGGUGCUGCUGUAGGGUUACCCCUCAGUCACGAUGAUGCCCGCCUUUGCAUGGUCGAUGACCUGUACAAAGACCUUACGCCAAUUUCGUCGGCUUACGCACGCGCACGGGGUGCCGACCGAAUGUCAUCGUUCGGAGAUUUCAUUGCACUCUCAGAUCCUUGUGAUGGCACUACAGCACGUAUCAUUUCGCGAGAAGUGUCUGACGGAAUUAUCGCUCCCGGAUACACUCCCGAAGCUAUUGAGAUCUUGCGUAAGAAGAAGGGUGGAGCUUACUGUUUGCUUCAGAUGGACCCGAACUAUGAGCCUGGUGUAAUGGAAAUGCGUACUCUGUUCGGUCUUACCUUGGAGCAGAGGCGCAACGACGCCGUUAUCAACCGAAACCUCUUCAAAAACAUCGUAUCCAAGAACAAGAAUCUGCCUGAGUCCGCUAUUCGGGAUCUAAUCGUGGCGACAAUCGCGCUCAAGUACACACAAUCAAAUUCAGUCUGUUACGCUAAAGACGGACAAAUCGUCGGCAUUGGAGCGGGUCAGCAAUCUCGAAUUCACUGUACUCGUUUAGCCGGCGAGAAGGUCAACAAUUGGUGGCUCCGCCAGCAUCCCGUUGUCAAAAACAUGGCGUUUAAGAAAGGAGUGAAGCGCGCGGAACAAUCGAACAUCAUCGAUGUGUUCGUAUCCGGCGUCAUUGGCGUUGACAUGCCCGCUGACGUUUACCAGAACUCCCUAGAGAACGCUCCCAAGCAACUGACUGAUGCAGAAAAACGUGACUGGAUUUCCAAGCUCAGCCAGGUGACUAUCUCAUCUGAUGCGUUUUUCCCCUUCCGCGACAACAUUGACAGAGCAAAACAGUCUGGCGUUGACUACAUUGCGUCUCCUGGUGGUUCUACUAAUGAUGAUGGUGUGAUCCAAGCUUGUAACGAGCACAAUAUCACCCUCAUACACACUGGACUGCGUUUAUUCCACCAUUAAUGAGACUAAUAGCCAUCGGCAAGACUCAUGUACUAUUAAAACAUACACCUGUAACUGUAGAAUGUUGGAUUUUAUAUUUGUUGCGUCAUUCUAAAUGUCUCGGUUUUAGCUUGUAGUGAACAUGUGUCCAAAUCCGGCUGAACAUGCAAAAGGAACCUACCUUAUCGUAGCAUAUUAACUAUUCACAAACGCAGUGUAUAGCCUCAAACAGUUUAAUAAUCCAGGACCGGUUUUUUUUCUAAUAAUGAAAGUAUUUUUUCAUCUACUGAAUGAACAAUUUCUUACAUUUCUUACACGUCGAAGAGAUAUUGAAUGUACUCUGCAUCUUUAAAUUUGCUUUUAACGUACUCUGUCGUAUUUUGAGUGAGACAUACGGUUUUCUCUGGUACUGUUCUGUUUCAUUUGAAAGAUACUAGCCUUAUUAGGGCUAAGCAAAGAGACUGCUUACAAGUUAGCGAAAAGAUAGUAAAGUUCGAGAAGCUCCGUGAAGAAAGCUGUGUAGGAACUUGUAAAAUAUUUUAAAUGCUCUUCUCAAUAGAAUAUUUCAUGAUCAUUUCUGCUGCAUGCUCAAGAGGUCAUCUUAGAUUUAUUCGCUAUAUUCUUCGCCAAUGUUUACAACGAUGAUUAACUGAGUCGGAAAGAGAUGGUCGUGGCUAAGUGCUACAACCGUAUGUAAGGUAGCAAACAAGGUCAAUACGUAUAGCGAAUGAAUGUUACUCGUUUCUAAUACAACACGUGCGAGUUGGGCGGCCUACUUGUCGUCCUGCUAAUCAGACCUACUGAGUAGGACAAUUUGAUUUUAUUUCGUCAUAACGCUUCUACCAAAAAUAACAGCUCUUAAAACACAGUCAACUAAUUACUUUACCUUGCAAAUCUUAUUCUGUCAUUGUUUUUCGGUUUUGAUUUUUUUAGAAUCUUGUUCGUACAACACAAUCUGUCGGGAUAACAAGAAACUUAUCAUGAUAAGGUGCAGUUGUGUCAAAUCUUACUUUCAUCGCCCGAUGUCGAGCCGAUCAAGCAGCUUAUUCUUCUUGAUGGCCCUGUUUCGAGCUAUCGUUAUCUCCCGUGAAGUAUCCACUUUCAUAGACCACCCAAAAUCAGACAGGCUUAUCAACUACAAAUACGAGAGCUUUCAUUGUCGCUACCCUCGCAUACUCUCGAACCCCCAAUUUCAUUCGUCGUGAAUGAUUUGUCCUCGAGGGUCCACUGUGACUGUAACAGUCGCUAUCGUGAUUCAGCUACUGUGGCAGUAAUUGUUACUACUGCCACUGUUGUUUGCGCAGUGAAGAUCACAUUGUGAUGAUUCCCUUCAACCCCUCAGAUUCAGUUUCGGGACGGGGAGUGGGAAGUUGCAGCGUAUUCUGUAUUGAAGGCCCAUUAUCUAUAGCGGACAACAAAGACAAGACUCUUUCUUUGUCAGCGCCACUCACUCUGUGAGUCUACAACAUCAUAGUAACGCGUAUGGCUCCCAGCACGCUCUCGCUGUACUCACAAAUUUUAUUCAUAGUUUUUAUUACCUUGGAAUGAUAACACUUCUAAGCAAUAAUAAUUUGCUAGCUAAAUUUAUUGCUUAUCUAACACUGAAACGGUUCUCAAUAAGUGUAAAAAUAAAAUAAAAUAAAAUAAGGUGAUGGAAUGAAAAAUGG